CCACAAAGAACAACUAGGAAGCACGGAAGGUCAGAAGCAAGAGUGUCGGCGGCACAGAAAAAAAAAAGAGAACUUUUAUCCGCCAUGGUAGGAGCCUCGAGUUUUAGAAAAGCAGCGACAAAAAUCAAAUUUCCUUGUGGUUCGUUCUCAAGGAGCGAACAACCUGAAGACGAUGCCAUCGUCGACAAUAAUAUCUCGGGCUCGUCUCUUUCAAUGAAGCGGGAAAAUGCCUCAAAGAUCGUAGAGGAGAUGGAAUCCGGUGGCGUCAGCAAGAAUUUGUGUGCGAUAUGUCUGGAGGCCUUGAGUUACAACAGCACGACAGUGGGAAGCCCAGGGCAAACUGUAUUCACGGCGCAGUGCUCACACGCAUUCCACUUCAGUUGCAUCUCCUCCAACGUCCGCCAUGGGAGCGUCACCUGCCCCAUUUGCAGAGCGCACUGGACAAAGCUCCCACGCAACCUCAACCCACCUCCUCUCCAUAUUUCUUCCCUCCCUUGCGUCAACCAAUCCGAUCCCAUCCUCCGCAUCCUCGACGACUCCAUCGCCACCUUUCGAGUCCACAGGCGCUACUCCCUCCGCUCCGCCCGCUACGACGACGAUGACCCUGUGGAGCCUGACCUCACUCAGCCGCCCCAGCCACGCCUCCACCUCACUCUCAUCCCAAUUCCCCCCUUCACUCCUCUUCCUCCAUUACCACCUCCAUCUCGGCAACUAAUAGCAGGGCCCACUUCGUACCAACAAGGAUUAACACCAUCGGGACCACCGAGUAACAGAGCUUAUCUCUGUGUCUCACUAGCACACCACCAGGCGACAGACCUCGUCCUGGUGGCCAGCCCCAAUGGACCACACUUGAGGCUCCUCAAGCAAUCCAUGGCAUUGGUAGUAUUCUCCCUUCGCUCCAUUGACCGUCUGGCCAUCGUCACCUACUCGUCCGCCGCAACACGCGCCUUCCCCUUGCGACGAAUGACAUCCCAUGGGAAACGUACGGCACUGCAAGUUAUCGAUCGCAUUUUCCACAUGGGUGAGGCCGACCCAGCUGAAGGCCUCAAGAAAGGCAUCAAGAUACUGGACGAUCGUGCUCACAAGAACCCCAGGUCCUGCAUCCUGCACCUCUCUGAUAGCCCCACAAGGUCGUAUCUUGGCCAUGAAAUUGACAUGGAAAUCCCCAUUCCGGUACAUAGGUUUCACGUUGGGUUUGGCUUCGGCACCUCCAAUGGAUUCGUGAUGCAUGAAAUCGAAGAUUUUUUGGCUAGACUGCUGGGCGGCGUUAUCAGAGACACGCAGUUGAGAAUUGGAGAGCACGGAGGGGUCGUAAGGCUUGGGGAACUAAGGGGAAGAGAGGAGAGGAGAAUUUCUCUAGACAUGGGUGACUCUGAAUUCAUUUGUGUUGGGUAUAGCUAUAUGGAGGGUGGGGUGGAUGACUGUAUAAUAAGUGGCGAAAUAGUAGUGGGGGUAGACGAUAAACGGGAAAGCCAUAGUGGUCAAUCAGCUGGGGGGAGAGAGGUUAGCAUAGGCGGGAGAACCAGUGCUGAGGGUUGGGAUUACCAUGAUCCUUACAUGGCUAGAAGGUGGGCAAGACAUUUGCAUGGAUAUAGGCUCUGAAACUCAUCCCCGGAACCCUAUACAGAAGCCCACCUUUCCUCACAAUUGGCUUUGCUCAGUUCAUGUGUUAUUAGGAAUGCUUUCCCUCUGGUGUUAGCUGACCAAAGAGAUAACAUCCUUGUGUUGGGAAGAAUUUUGUGUAUGCAUUUGUAAUUAUGGAUGACUUCAACUCAA